AUGUCGGCCUACUCUAGCCGACCGGGCGUGAGGAAACCAAAGUUCUUCAGGCCAAAUAUUGCAGCUGCAUCUGCUUUGCCGACGAGUCAAUCCUCGAGCGAGUCAGCUUCCCGCAAGCCGUCACAACAAGCCGGCAUACCAAGUGACCGAUCAGGCUCGCAAGUACCGACGAGCAGCACAGCAGACGGCCAGCCAAGCUCAACUCAAGAUGCCCCAGCGAGAUCUCAGGAACCUGCAGCAAGCUCUCUGAGUGAAGCUCCACCUGCUCGCCUGCCACCCACGCCUGAGCAGACGCAACAGCGUGCAUCGGACGCUGGGAAUGCGAUCGAGUCUGACCAUGAGUCUCGUGCACGACGGAUCAAAACAUCCGGCCAAGCAAAGACGGACGCUCAGCAAGCUGCGCAAACGAAGGCAGACAACGGGCUGCUCACACCGGACGCUACCCAAGAAUCUCAGCGCCUUCAGCAUGAGCUCUCGUCUGCCUCGCAAGUUGAUGAUCGUGUUGCAAAGGCUACUCAAGUCGCGAGGAUGCCAGAGACCGUCAAUGCCGCAAAGCCGAGAGCGAAGCGCGGGCAGCCUAUCUCUGCACCUGCUAGACCAGCUACAGCUAUUGCUGCCCCCUCUCCGAGCAUCGUCAGGCCUGCGUCUUAUGCAGUGGCUCGGCCUAAUGGCAGGUCUGCCGACGUUGCAGUUGGCUUGCAACCGCCGGCCGCAGUUGCGCAAUCAGACACAUCUCACCUGCUCAGACUUGGCUCACCUGCCGACUCGCGCGCGCCGGUAUCGAGAGGAACUACUGUCAACGCGGAAGCGAGCACAUCUGGUACAGCCGGAAGCAAGACCAAACCUGCACCUCAGCGAAAGCGCAGGCCGACCCCCAAAAAGGCCACCGCUGAUCUGACCGAGCAACUCGUCCAACACAAACGCAAGGUCACAGCUGAAAGGGCCAAAGCCAGCAGGAAGACGACGGUUGCGCCCCCAACUGCGGACACGAAUGUUGCGCCAAUGCAGCAGACAUCGCCUGAGCCUAUCCGCACUGCCGCAGAUUUAGAAGCAGUCGAGGCUCUCGGCAAUCUACGUUCAGGGUUUGGCACGCUUGGCACGUCCGCGCCGUCUCUUGUCGCCCAGACGACCGACCAAGAUGACAACCCAAUCGCAUCAGAGACGAGCAAUCUGGCCGCAAACAAGCGUCCACUCGGUCCGCCUGAAGAGUGGAAUGCCUUCAUGCAAGAAAAAGUCACCGCUCCUGCGCAUGACCCAGAUGACAAUUCGAUGCCGCCGCCUGCAAAGCGUAGCAAACCGCAGACCGGGGACAUCCAAGUCACGGCGACUGAUGGGGAUGAGGAAGCCGAGGCUGCCUAUGAAGAGGACGCCGGUCCAGUCUUCCUUGAAGGACAGGACAAAAUCGAUGCGGCGAAGACGAAGAUGAACAUGCUCCUGCGAGACUUUGACAACGGCGAUAAGAGCCAGCGUUACAUUGAGAUCAAGCGUGCGCAGCAGGAAGCAAAGCAACGCCGCGCUCGUCAUCGCCAGAAAAUGCGCAGACGCAAUGCCGGCGCGGCCGUUUCUGACAACGAGGACGACGAAGUUGAUCGAGCUCUAGACGAGAUCAAUCGGGUCAGCCGCUCGGGAACUGCUCGCUCGAGUCGAGAAGGCACUGCGGCUACACAGGCUUCUAUCGAUGGGGACGAUGAAGAUUUUACCAUGCCGGCUGUUGGAGGCCCUCGACUGCAGAUCGUCGACGGCCAAUACGCGAUCGACGAGAGCUCCACCCAGAUCAGGCGUGCCGGACUGGGGCGAGAUGACGCUGAACGAGAGGUCGUCACAGAAAGCGCCAACACUCGAUUCGUCAAUUCCUCCACUCACUCGAAGCGAACCGGUUCUGCAAAGUGGCGAUCUGAGGAGAAUCUGGCGUUCUUUGAAGCACUUCGCAUGUUCGGCACAGACUUUGAGAUGAUUGCUCGCCUGUUUCCUGGGCGCAAUCGUCGCAUGCUCAAGAAUAAGUACACUCGCGAAGAGAAGGACCGUCCUGCAAUGGUCAACUGGGCACUUUCAAACCGUAUACCGAUCGACAUUGAGAUGUACGAGCUUCGUACCGGUGUCUCGCUCGACCGACAUGGGCCCUUACCGGAAGAUCCUUGCGAGCCUUACUAUGAAGCGCUGCCUGCCCAUCUGCGGAAACAGUCCUCCACACCUGCAGUCGAAGUUGAUGGCGGGCUUGCAGUCGAUCCAGAGCUUGAUGGCACGGGGCCCUUUGCAGACGAAGAAGAGGCCAUAGCUGCCAAUAUCGUAGCAGAUGACAGCGACGAGGAGCUUCCCAAUAUACCAGGCGCGAUGCCGUAG